AUGGCUGCAUCGCUCACUUUGCUAGUAGCCGGGCUUCUCGCCGGCUUCUUGUUAUACAGGGGAAUCAUCUACCCAGCUUUUGUGUCGCCACUCGCUAAGAUCCCGAAUGCGCAUUGGAGUGUGCCUAUUUCGCCGGUAUGGAUGCUUUGGAAACGUUUCCGGGCGCAGAAUAACCGCACUAUUCAGGCUGCGCAUGAAAAGCUUGGUCCGAUUGUCAGGCUCGGACCGUCUGAGAUCUCGAUCAACUGUGUUGAUGGGGGUAUCAAGUCUGUGUAUACUGGUGGAUAUGAGAAGCAUGAGUGGUAUCCUCGUGUCUUUGGAUCACUUGGGACUGUGAGCAUGUUCACGAUGGUCGGGACGAAGACUCAUUCCACUCGCAAGAGGAUGCUAUCCAACAUCUACUCCAAGUCCACACUACAGUCAUCUCCUCACCUGGAAGUAGUUUCGAAUGCGGUGAUUUUUGAUCGUCUCAUGCCAAUCAUUCAAGAAUCGGUAGACGCAGACAGAACCCUGGAUGUUCAUGACCUGAACAUGGGACUUACUCUCGAUUUCGUCUCGGGAUAUCUCUUCGGUUUACGGAAUGGUACAAACCAUUUACAAGACCAUGCAUUCCGCAAGCAGUGGCUGCAUCUAUAUCUAUGCCGUAAGCCAUUCGAGUUCUAUCACCAAGAAGCUCCUAAGCUUGCUCCAUGGAUGAAAUGCUUGGGUAUUCGAAUUAUUCCCAAGUACUGCGAUUCCGCGAAUGCAAUGCUCGAUGCCUGGGCUCUGGAUCUGUGCGCCAAAGCCGGUGAUUCAAUCGACUCAACAGAUCCAUCUCUUGAACCAAUUGUUUACAAGCACCUGAAACAGGGUCUUGACAAGCAGUUGUUGAAAGCAGGCAUUUCCAAACAAGAUCCCGUCGAGCAGCGCAACGAAAUUGCCUGUGAAAUGUAUGAUCAGCUUACAGCAGGCUUUGAAACGAGUGCGGUGGGAUUGACAUACUUGUUCUGGGAGCUGUCGAAACACCCGGAAGUCCAAGAGAAGCUUCGUGAAGAACUAUUGACCCUCGACCCACCGAUCUCGUUUCCCAAGUCUAACGAACUGCCUUCGGCACGAUCGAUCGAUUCAUUGCCUCUUUUGGACGCUAUUGUUACCGAGACGUUACGUCUUCAUGCUCCUAUUCCGGGUAUCCAGCCCCGGGUAACACCUGCACCAUCUUGCUCGCUGGCGGGAUAUGACAAUAUCCCCGCAAACACGCGGGUGAAUGCGCAGGCGUAUUCACUGCAUCGUAACCCGGCUGUCUUCCCUGAUCCAGAAUCCUGGGAGCCGAAACGCUGGUUCAAGGAAGAGAACUCCGCCGCCGAUCUUGAUGAAAGACGUCGCUGGUUCUGGGCAUUCGGAAGCGGAGGACGGAUGUGCGUAGGAAGCAAUCUCGCUUUGCAAGAAACGAAACUGGUAGCAGCAGCCAUCUACUCCAACUUCAGAACCACAAUCGUGGACGACACAGACAUCGACGCCAUCGAUGCCUACACCGUACACCCCAAGGCCGAGAAACUAAUCCUCAAGUUCCACGCCAUUUAA